AGCCUCACCUUGCUGACCUCAGAGUUCCAUUGUCCCUGCUCACUGAGUGUAUUCUAUAGGGUUUUGGAACUGGAUAUGGGUCAACUCUAUGAACUGUGUCCCCUGUCAGGCCCACGGUGAGAGGAACUACCACGUGUUUUAUGAGCUACUGGCUGGGCUCCCUGCAGAGCAGAAAGAGAAGAUGUACUUGCAAGAAGCAGAGUCUUACUUCUACCUGAAUCAGGGCAGAGCGUGUGACAUCCUGGGGAAGGAGGACAGGCAGGACUUUCUGGACUUGGUGCAAGCUCUGGAGGGAAUCAGCCUCUCGGACGACCAGCUGACCUCCACCUGGGCUGUCCUGGCUGCCGUUCUGCAGCUGGGGAACAUCUGCUUUACCUCCUCCGAGAAGGAGUCCUAUGAACCUGCGGCUGUCGCCAGUGACACUGAGAUUCAGAUUGUGGCCAAUCUGUUGCGUGUCUCAGCAGAUCUCCUGCGAAGUGUUAUCACCCACCGUGUCACUGUGACAUCUUAUGACCACAUCUUCACCCCUCUGUCUGUAGAAGGAGCCAUCAAUGCCAGGUGAUUCUGCUGGUGUUUGGGUUGGUGAGAUGCACCCAAGGGUGCUGUCUUUGCAGUAGCUGGUUUUACUCCUCUCUCCUACUCAGGGACUCCAUUGCCAAGACCCUGUAUUACCUGCUCUUUGAGUGGCUG